ACUGUCCACCAGAGCGAAAGGUAAAUCUCGAGCCUGUCAAACCAGGAGUUAGUUAUUUUAUUGAGUUUCCGUACCCUCGAGCCGCGGGGAGCGAAAAGUGAGGUUAUGUUUAAAUUAUCAUUUCUCGUAAAUAGUCGUGAAUAGGAACGUUCAUGAGCAAACAACAGUGCCAAUAAUAGGAGCGCAGCCCAAGAAUAGUCGGCGAAUACGGUUCAGAAUCAGUGCACGUACACCGAGGACGGUCGGUCUGUUGUCGCAUUAAGGUGAAGGCACCACCCUUUCUCCGGCGAAACGAGAAUUCGCAGCCUACCAGGAAGGUGCGGGCCUCGGAACGACCCACCCACACGGUCGGUUGGUUGGUGCGAAAUGGAAAUACCUUGUAAAGGUGGUCGGCAUCUUUCGAGCAGCAGCAGCAGCAGCAGCAGCAGGAGCACUUUGCUAAUUGUGCUGCUGGUCGCCAUCAGCAUCCGGCCGUGUGUUGCCACCUUCUUCUGGCUACGCCCAGCGCCCACCGACUCCCCAAUAUCGGGCGACCCACCGAACGGUUGGCGACCGCCGGCGUUGGUACCGGGCGCGAUCCUUCCGCCCGGUGGCUCCGAUGGGCCUAAGAAACCGCAAGGGAGCUCUCAGGAUUUGCUACGCUUGCCUCAGAUCCUUUGCAACUAUGCGGCGACCGGUCGUUGGCCGUCUUAUCCACCGUACCUGCAGGCAGCCAUCGUUGACCUUGGCCGGCACGUAUUUGCCCUCGAUGACCCCGGUGUACGCCAGUACUGUGUCAAUUACGUACGGAUUGGCUUCGUCCGGAGACCCUGCUGUGCCUACCCAGUGUAUCCAAUUUACAUAAUGCCCGGUGGAAAAACUACUACGGACACUUCGAUCGAGACGGAUGUGGUGACAGGUAUUACCAGUGUACCGGAUGAGGCAGAUGAAGGUGCGCAGGGUGGUGAUGGAGACGAAGAUGGCGAUGGAGAGGGCGAAGAGGAUGACGAUGGAGAUGGUGAAGAAGAUGGAGAAGAGGAUGGUGAUGGAGACGAAGAUGAAGGAAAUGAGGAAGGCGAUGGAGAAGAUGGAGAAGAUGAUGAUGAAGAUGGUGAUGACGAUGGAGAAGAAGAUGGUUAUGGAGAUGGAGGAGAAGAAGAUGGUGAUGGCGAUGGAGGGGAUGAAGAUGGCAGCGAAGAAGGAGAUGAAGGGGGAGAUGACGAUGGAGAAGGAGAAGGUGAUGGCGAUGGAGAAGAAGAUGGCGAUGGAGAAGAAAAUGGCGAUGGAGAAGAAAAUGGCGAAGGAGAUGCAGAGGAAGAUGGAGAAGGUGGAGAAGAAGAAGGUGGUGGAGAAGGAGAAGAAGGAGACGAAGGAGAAACAGAAGAAGGAGAAGGAGAAGAAGAAGAAGGUAGUGAAGGAGGCGAAGGAGAAGGUGAAGAAGGAGAUGGUGGAGAAGGUGGCCACCCGGGACACAUCGGUUCCCUGUAUCCGUACUUCCGAAACCCCGGUGAUGGUGGUGAAACUAGUGGCAGCGAACGCGAACAAGAAGAUCGGUCCGUGUUCUUCUGCCACAUCCUCACCGCCGUGCCGAUAUUGUGCGCCGUCCGCUAA